UCCCAGGCAGUUACACAGGGAGCUCAGCAAGGAGGAGCAUAAGGGAAAGUGCCAUCCUCUAUAGUCCUUUUUUCUCCUGUUUUAGAGACUUUCUUAGAGCUACAUCUAUAUACCUGACGUAUUUGGUUCACUCGGUAGAAGCAAAAAUCAACUUUUCAUCCUGUAGGCAGCAUCAAUGCACAAAAUAGUUGAAUUAUGGCAGAAAAAACAGUUGCAUCCCUCUCCAGGGAGGGGGACUGGGUUGGUUUGUUUCUAAAGAAUGCACCCAAUUCUCAGCACAUCAGAUAAGAGCUGCAGAGAGCAGCAGGUUAGAGAAUUGAAGAGCUUGAUGCCCAGUGGGAGGAAGGUGCUUUUGGAUCUGAUCAGAAGACCCUGGCUGGCCUGGAGCAGGCACGUCGUUAGGGGUCUGAGACUGUGUUUAAAUAAAUCCAUGUGGAAAGCAUGGAACAGAGGCAUGGGACGUCUUGAAUAGUGGAUAACAACUGAACAAGCGCAGGAGCAACUUGUCUCCCUGGCCAAGAACAUGAAUUGUUUUGAGGUCGUUUCCACCAGUGACACUUGGGAAAUAAGAAGAUGCAAUUAUCAGAGUCCAAACUUCCCCUAUUCCGUAGAACUGCCCGGUGAUAUUGUCCAGGGUCUGUUCUGGAAGCAGAAAUACAGAACUGUUGGAGGUGGACACCAGUAGCUGUAACAGCCUCUUGUCUUAGUCUGGGAUGUGAACACAGCCCACUGAAGUAGGUCAGAGUCAGAAGCUGAGAUCAGAGGGCAGACACUGUGGAUGUAGAUAUUCAGGAUAUAGGUAUUCAUCCAAGUCUGCCACAUAAAGUGCUGUGGCCAGUGCAAAUUAAAAAGAGAAGUGUCAAAUGAAACAGGAGCGACCGCUUACGCUGGACCCGUGGCCAGUGCAGGGUCACGGGGCAGAUCUCUGUGGCAGAAGCCGUUCUUUAGGUGACACACCAUAAACCAUCACGCGCUGCCACAAUAGGGCCCUGGCUCCUCACCACGAGCCCCACCUUUAGCCCCAAAAUAUUCCAAUCCCUGGCAAUCUGGAACAUCUUGGGUGGAGUGCGUGUAAAGCUUCUGAGAGCCAGAAGAGCAGACUAGUGAAGGGCAGGGGUUCCAUCCUGAUGGGUCUUCCUUAAGAAAAGCCUCGGGGACAAGCCAGUUGAGAUGGAAGCGGUCAGCGGAGACAGCAAUCUUGUUCAAAUAAGAGCAGAUGAACUCCAUCUCUGAUGUUCCGUGGUAAUUUACUUGACUUGCAUUACAUCAUAGAUAAUCAUCUGGCCACUCUCAAAUACAUAACAGCAGCGUGGAUUGAUGGAUGUGCUGGAUAAAUACGGGCCUAUAUAAUCAGAACGUGUCUCUGUUAUCAAUGUGGAGGUUCAGCAAUGUGCACCAAUUCACCUCUCCAUUUAGAUUUUGAAAAAUUUCCAAGUGGUACAAACCUCAGAAUAAUUCUGAUGCCAAAAAUUCACGUGUUUUCAUGAUGUUUAUUGUAUUUCCAUUCCAAAAAGAGCAAGCUAUCUUGCAUACAACUAUUUCUGGCUUUGUGGGUUACUUUCCAAAAGAAGAUUAAAACAGAAUUUCUCCAUGAGAAAUAUUUUCUUGUGUACUGAUGAAUUUUCCAGAGUUUACUUUGCUUUCUUCCAGAGAAAAAGGACCCCAAUAGUUUAUGUAAUGAGAAUCCUCUGCUAUUCUAAAAUGAGUUCUGGAGAAUUAAAAAGCUACUUUACUGUUGCAGGGGAACUGUAGGGGAAAAAAAAUAUAAAAUCUCCGAUGGCUAUUUUUAAAAAGUGUGUGUCAGGAGAAUUUUUGUAUUAAAACAAAGCAAUAAAUCCUGUGUCACAUUCUGAAACAAAGCCAGAAAAUCGAAGCACAACCUUUUGCCAGCUUGAAAGCGAGUGCUGGUUCAGAUUACCUGGAUGGACUCUGAUCCAGUGGGAGGUGUCCCUGCCCGUGGCAGGGGUUGGAACUGGAUGAUCUUUAAGGUCCCUUCCAUCCCAAACUAUUACGUGAUUCUGACUCCCAGCAAGGCAGAUUCUGAAGCCUGAAGUCACUGCUGGCCUGCAGAGACACCCCCACACCCCCAAUUCCAGUCUAAGGGCCAAUAACUUGGAGAAUUUUCCAGCUCCUGAUAAAGCUCCCAGGAAUGGGAAAGUUCUGUCACUUUUGCACACAAAUGCCAUCCACAAAGCACCAGUGAGUGUUUCUCGUUUCUUGUCUGCAUUGUGACUUGUGAAAUAAGGGAGAUGCGCGCAAAGCAAGCUAUCGCUCGCCCAUCUCCUGCACCACUCGCUUUACACGUACACAACAGGAAGGGGAAGUAGCAAUUGGCUCUAUCAGUACAGCAUCUCCUGGCAGUGUGGCUGUUCUUUUUAUUACAGGUUGAGAUGUUGGAACCAUAAAACCCCUCAAAGGGGAACCCAGCUUUUCAUGCCAGCAGCCCAAAAGUCUUCAUAAUUUCUUUAACUUUUCUCUUUUCCAAAGUGGUUAUCCAUGCAAGGGACUGAGGACGCUGACCUGCACUGGGAAUCCUUGCCUGCCGUGGAGCACAGCGAGAUCUGGAGGUGUUCAACAGCAGGUAAAGCCAAUCCGUAAUGCCUACAGAAAGCAUCAGUGGCCUGAAGAUCUUCCCUUGCACAAACUAGGGGAGCAGAGCUGUCACGGCCUGUCCCACCAAGCAGUGCUGGCCAUUCCCAAGGGUCACCCACAGCCCUGCAGCCGAGGAGGUCUGCUUUGUCCUCUCUUCAGGUGCCAGGUCUACAUGCCACGGAUCCAGCCUUUCCCUGGAGCGUAGAAGCCCCUGUAGUGCGUAGAGGUGUUGGGUUGGCCACUCUCCAGCCACCCAUCCUGAAGGACAGUAGGUUUCAUCGAGCUCCUCCUGGUGCAGAUACAUUCAGUCCGACCUCGCCCCCGGGGAGCUGCUGUGGGCGAAGAGCCGCUCCGGGGCAGCUCCUGUGCCCCCCUCACACCGCACUCAGCCCGCAGCGGAGCCCGGAGCUUUCCCGAGGAGCAGUGAUGCUUUCCAGCCCGGCCUGAGGCGAGCGGCGCUCCCCUCUUUGGUGGUGGGAUCAGUGCCUCAGCUCGGCAACAUGACAGCGCUGUUUGAUAACCUGUCGUGCCAUCACUCCAUCGAUGAUUUCCGAAACAGAGUCUACUCCACGCUCUACUCCAUGAUCAGCAUUAUGGGCUUUGUCGGCAAUGGCGUUGUGCUGUAUGUCCUCAUAAAAACAUACCGGCAGAAGACAGCCUUCCAGGUGUACAUGCUGAACCUUGCCGUGUCUGACUUCCUCUGUGUCUGCACCUUGCCCCUGCGUGUCAUCUACUACGUCCACAAUGGGAACUGGUUCUUCAGUGACUUCCUAUGCAGGAUCAGCUCGUACGCGUUGUAUGUCAACCUGUAUUGCAGCAUUUUUUUCAUGACAGCAAUGAGCUUCUUCCGUUGCAUAGCCAUCGUCUUUCCAGUCCAGCACAUCAAUCUGGUAACGGAAAAGAAGGCUAAGUUUGUCUGCAUCGGCAUCUGGAUUUUUGUCACCCUGACAAGUACCCCUUUUCUGCAAAACGGGACAUACGAACAUGGCAACAAGACCAAGUGCUUUGAACCCCCCGAAGACUCUGAGAAGACAAAUCUAGUGGUGGUCCUGGAUUUUAUCGCACUAUUUGUGGGCUUCAUUUUUCCCUUUGUUGUCAUAACUCUCUGCUACACCAUGAUCAUAAGGACCUUACUGAAAAAUUCCUUGAAGAAGAAUCAAGCAAACCGCAGGAAGGCAGUCUGGAUGAUCAUCAUCGUGACGGCCACUUUCCUGGUCAGCUUCACCCCAUACCACAUUCUGCGUACAGUCCACCUCCACGUGCUGCGGCUGAAGAACGCCACCUGCGAGGAUGCCAUAUACCUACAGAAAUCGGUCGUGGUAACGCUUCCCUUGGCAGCUUCCAACUGCUGCUUUGACCCACUUCUCUACUUCUUCUCAGGGGGCAAUUUUCGGAAGAGGCUUACCACGUUUAGGAAGGCUUCUUCCUCCAGCUUAACGCAAGCCUUCAGGAAAAAGUUUUCCGUCAAAGACAAAGAUGAGGAACCCUUUGGAGAAAGCCAAAGGGAGAAUGAAAAGGCAUCUGUGGUGCCCUCAUAAGGGGCUAGAUCAUCCCCUAAGAUCUCAGCUGGGCAACGGAGAUCUCUGAACUCUUCUAGGAGAGGUGAUGGAGGCUUGCAAGCCUUCAUCACAAUUGGAUAUAUAAUAAUAACAGCAGAUGGUCCCUGAUUUAUGUGACUUAGGGAUGGUACAGCCACCACCAGGGAUGGUACAGCCACCACCAGGGAUGGCCAGCCUCUCACCCAGGAGCACUGCUUGGACAAGUGCAGGCACCUAGCAUGGAGGAGCUACCGCCAGCACCAGAAAACUGAGCAUAAACAAACUCUUCAAAGCCUGUAUUUGAGCAUUUGCUUUGUUACGCAACUCUACAAAGAGUUCCCUCAACUCUGGGUCGGUGGGAAAUGUAAACGCACCACACUCAGGAAAAUACUGACAAAUAGAGGGCAGAGUUUCACUGAGUCUUCAAACAGUGGCUAAACUAUUGACAUAGCAGAGGCCAGGAUAAUUCCUGCCCUACUCCCAGAUGCUUCUGCUUUGGAUUUCAGUUUUAUGAAACACGCAUUAUGUGUGUAAGACUUGCAGAGCGGUGCCGGGGUCUGCAAAUCGGGGAACUCGGGCUUGAGCCCCUCUCCCACGCGGAACUUUGGACACGCUCUCAGGGGCAGCACUUCAUGUGUUCCUAGAAGAAUCU